UAUAAAUCUGUUGACGCUUCUCCACAGUUGUGGUUUGUUAGCUUAGCUUCGUUAGCAACCUGCUUUACAGUUGGCCUUGUAUCGGGCAAAGCUCAAGUUAGCUAACAGGAGUGGAGGUAGCUUUAAUGUUGUCGUUUAUAUUCGUCUUUUUUUAUGUCAGCUGUGUUUUAAUAACACCUUAAAAUGGGUGUUUUCGGCUGAGUGUCCACUUAACGGUAACAUAUGGUUGGGUGACGUUUACCCUCUGGCUAUAACUUACACGGCUAACAAGCUGUUUGGGUUAAACUUAAAGGUAUUUGCUUCGCUGCUGCUAGCAAGAUAAGGUAACCCACCUGACCAUCAGAGUCACACUCCGUGAUGUCCCCAACACUCUGUUGACACUGACAGCUUCCCUGACACUGUGCAGAGGGAGGCAGCUGGAAGCUAGCUAGCUAGCAUGCAGCACUGGCCCGGUGUCACCAGGAGGCGGCACUGCUGAGAGGCAAGUGGUCGGUGCUGAGCGUUGGUGUCUGCCGAGCCGACCAUGGAUGACUUCACCACCAGGACGUACGGCACGAGUGGCCUGGACAACAGACCUCUGUUUGGGGAGACCUCUGCACGGGAUCGAAUCAUCAACCUGGCAGUGGGGGGAUUCACAUUUCUGGUUGUUUUAGUGACUAUUAUCAGUUCUUUUGUGUUCCCCUCGUUGCCUCCAAAACCGCUUAAUGUCUUCUUUGCCGUGUGCAUCCUGUUAGCAUGUGGAUCCACUAUAGUGCUGAUAUUCUGGUACCGGCAGGGCGAUCUGGAGCCUAAAUUCAGGAAUCUGAUCUACUACAUGCUGGCGUCCAUCGUGCUGCUGUGUCUAUGUGCCAACCUCUACUUCCACGAAGUCAGGUAAAGACGGGAUGGGGAAGAGGAGGGGGAAGAAGGGAAGACAUGGCCUUGACACUUGGAAGGACUACACGGAGAGACGGACUCGUCACACACUAACUUGAAUGAAUUUCCCACCUGACCUGCAGCGAACUGGAAAGAUCUUGGGACCAAACACCAGUGAAGCUCAGUGGUUCCAGUGGACGAAGACUUGUUGGUGCUGAAGCAUAAUGCACUGCACACAUACACACACAUACACACAACGCCGCAGUGUAGAAAUCAUGAUGGGCUGUUUGAGGCCAUAAAUCUGCCUGGAGACACACUGCUGGCAGAUGAAACAGGUGUGUUUACAUGCACAUAAACAUUUACAGUCAUUACUCUUUACAAUAACAAGCACUUAAACUUACAACAGAAUACAUGACGAUGAUGAUGACGAUGAUGCAACAGUUAAAGGAAACAUCUGCCCUUUGAUCCAGAUUCUGUAGGUCUCAUCUAGUCUGUGUAACGUUAUAUUUUACAUGUUUGUAUUUGCCAUUAAUUUGCUGAUUAACUAUAUUUAUAUCUUUAAACCACUGUCAGGAAAAAAGGGGGUAAAACUGUUGCUUCAGUCAUUUUUAUAAACAUCUUUCAUUACAAGCUGUGUCUCACAUCAAGCGACGCCUCCUUCAAAGUCUUUUUUGAAGACCAAAUGUAUAACUUCAUAAUCAUUCCCGAUGUUCUUUCAAACUCUGAUAAGACACCAUCGUUUGGGUUAAUGGUGCAUUCAGGGUCACAAAUGUCACAACACAUGAACUGGACCAACAAAGACACCACUGCAGGGUGUAAAUAGAGUAUGUACUGGUCGACGCACAUCCAAUGCAUCAAAACAUUGUUUUCUAGUUGGAGCC